CAAACAUACAGGUUUUCCAGUUCACCUUGGUUUAGAGUGCAAAUGUGUUAAGAGCUUCGCUCAGCAGGGACACUUGCAUCCUCGGUCAUGAAUAGGCGGUUGACAACUUAUGAGACAUUACCUUUGUUAAAGGCUUCGUUUUCCUUUCACAAAAUCCGCACAAGAAAGUCCAGACUGUGGAGUUCCAUUGUCAAGAUCAUAACACACAUGUCACUGUGCAAAUUUUUUGCUUUAGUUCUAUUGGGGGUUGUGGUGUAUGUAGUGAGCGGGAUCACUGGAGACCCCCUGUAUGAAUGCCUUCAAGACACAGACUAUAGUGAGCUCCUAGAUAUUGUGGAUAAAGGACUACCUGCCACAAAGACACCUCAACACAUCGCAAUUAUUGGCGGGGGCAUUGCUGGACUCACCGCAGCCAAAUUUUUGGAAGAUGCUGGCCAUAAGGUGACCGUAAUAGAAGCCAGUCACCGUAUUGGAGGACGCAUUGAGACAUUCAGGAACACAAGAGAAGGCUGGUAUGCAGAAUUGGGUGCCAUGCGGAUCCCCAGCUUUCAGAAGAUUCUGCUCUCCUUUGCUUCCAAAUUGCAAAUUCCCUUGAACCAUUUUAUCCAAGAUGACAGGAACACCUACUUUUUACUAAAUGGCAAACUUCAUAAAAACGUUGCUGUGGCAAACAACAAUGAUGCGCUUAACUACACACUGACUGAGGGAGAAAGGGGGAAAUCAGCUGCGCAGCUCUUCAGUGAGACUCUGUGGAAGGUGAGAGAUGAUCUUCAGACAAAUGGCUGCAGUGCAACCCUAGCAAAAUAUGAUUCCUACACAGUCAAAGAAUACUUGGUGAAAGAGGGGAAUCUGAGUCGUGGUGCGUUGCGGAUGAUUGGAGACAUCUUGAAUGAAAACAGCCUCUUUUACACCUCCAUGAAAGAGAUGUUGUACAUGCAGUCCGACAUCAAUGACAACAUUGAGUACUUUGAAGUGACCGAUGGUUUUGAUCAUCUCACAACGGCUUUGUACAGGAUGUUAAACGCCACAACCAUCCUAAGCUCCAAAGUGAAACUCAUCAACCAAUCAGGAGGCAGAAGCGUGACAGUGUCGUACCAAGAUCUGCGUAAUCCAGGCUCCCUGACCAACCUGACAGUCGACCAGGCCCUGGUUACAGCCACAGCCAAGGCUACUCUCUUCAUUGACUUCCAGCCAGCACUUUCUAGUGACAAGAUGGAAGCCCUGCGCUCAGUUCACUACAUGAGCGCCACCAAAGUGAUACUCAGCUUCAGGGAGCGCUUUUGGGAGAAAGAGGGCAUCAGGGGAGGGAAGAGCAUCACAGACCGACCGUCUCGCUUCAUUUAUUACCCCAGCCACGGUUUCCCAGGAACAGAUGCGGGGGCCCUGCUGGCAUCUUACACUUGCUCUGAUGAUUCCACCCUCUUUCUAGGCGUGAGUGAAGAUGAGCUAAAAGCUGUGAUCCUUGAUGACUUGGUUAAAAUCCAUGGUGCAGACAUCAGGUCUCUUUUUACUGGUGGACUGGUGAAGAAGUGGGACUUGGACCCCUAUAGUCUGGGAGCGUUUGCGCUUUUCACACCCUACCAGGGCCGCUAUGCCAGAGACCUAUUCCAAAGUGAGGGACGAGUGCACUUUGCAGGGGAACACACAGCUUUACCUCAUGGCUGGAUAGAAACUUCUAUGAAAUCUGCUCUUAGAGCAGCUAAAAAUAUUAAUAGCCUCACAAUAUAACCCUCGUUAAUUGGGGAGGGGGUAUUUAAAAUCUAGUCAGCUUUUUUAUUUCAGUCAGAUGUGUUUUAUAGAUACAUAAAGUUGUUGUAUUUAAAUUAUUUGUAUUCAAAUAUAUCAGUAAUCACUUUACAAUGGCUGUUUGCUCUAACUUUCUAAUUCAGAAGUUUGAGAAUUCAUACACCUGAAAUAUUUCAGUCUAUAGAAUCAAUUGUUAAACGUUCCAGAUGGUGGUGAUUUUAUUUUAUAGCAGGGAUUAUAAUAUGAAACACUUUAUGAUAGCUGAGAUUACAUAAAUUACAAUGUGAUAUUUAUAAUGAGUAUGUUAGUGACAUUGAUUUGACUUUACAAUGCAGUUCACAAGACUGACAUUGACUAGACAUGUACGAUCUCACGUUAAUUGAAGGCUUGUCCUUGCGCUUCGGUGUAAACAUGAGUCAUUUGUAACUUGACCAUGCAUUACGUUUACGUGUGUUGUUAUAGCAAACAUUUACAGCAGUUAUACUGUACCUUAAAAGUUUCUAGAUUUACAAAGGUAAGAUUUGUAUUUAACAAUUUAGUGUGUGUUUUCUGUAGUAAGUAAAAGUUUUACGUUGAGGCCACGAGUUAUGUUGAGCAGAAUCUUCUGCACUCUCUAAUAUAACAUUAAAUGCUAGAACUGUAUAAAAGGUUCUCCCGAUGAAAACAAAAUAAUACAUUUUGUCAGUUACAUCAGGGUUAUGUGUCAAAAACAACAAUUACAUUUUAGCUUCAGUUUGCAUGGGCGCAAGAGAUAAACUGAAUUAUUUGAGAUGUGUUUCUAAUACUUUAAUUUCCUUAUCAUAAAUUGACAAUCGAAACUGCAACAAUGCGAUGUAGUUCUGCACCACCUUGUUACUAUAGGUGCCUUCUAAAUGCAGUUCUAAUGUUCUGUGGACAUGCUAAUGUUUUGUUUAAUAUGAUACUGUAUGUUCUUACAUACUUCAUUUUUGUUGUGGGAACUAUUGGUUGUCAACUUUUCGAAAAGAUGAUGUUCAGUAAAAAAAAAAAAGCAGCUGCAAUAAUAUUAUCUUCUUUUCCUUUCGGCUUUUCCCCUCAG